CCAGCAUACACGUCAUACGAAAUAUACCGGCUUUGCUAAAAUUUUACUUCAGUGGUCGCGUGAACUGCGCUCUCGGUUGCCAAAAACAAUUUCCCGAGACGGUGUGUUUUUUUCUCGGAGUUAUCGUUCUUGUAUGCUUUUUUAUGUCGUUUUGUGAUAUGUUCGCUUGUCUUAUACAACAACGUUUUCUUGGUAAUGUCGCGAAGCUUUGAUACGAUUUUUUUUUGUUAUUGUUGUAUCCGAACAAUCGUAAAUUCUAACCAGUACACCUCUUAAAUUCGAUGUUUAUUUACACAAAACGAAACCGUUUCAUUGCUUCAAAUUUACCAAUCCACCUGACUUCUGCAUAAAAGGUGAUUUUCUCCACAUCGGGCACAUAUGGAAAAUAGUGUUGAUAAUGUGAUAAGUUUUCCAGUUCCUUGCGAAAACAAUUUUGUGUGAUAAAACAUGAAAAGAUUACUGUCGCAUCAGUGAUUCGUGAUGAUGAAUUUGUCGACAAACUUUUGUGAUAUAAAAUGUUAGAAUAGUUGUGGUGUGCUUACGAAUUUAACACAGAGAGCUUUACUUGACGGUAUGUCUCGCCGAAAGCAAGCUCGUCCAAUACGGGUUAAUGAAAAUGAAAACGGUUAUGGGUCUGCCAGCCAGACGAUAUUAAAUGAAACGAGGUCUACGUUGGUUGAGGCGAAUUUUCUUGACAUUCGAGACGAUGAAAAACUUUCACGAGAAAUUGACAACAGUCCGCCGUCAUGUUCGGAAGACGAUGUUCUUAUACCGGAAACAAAUGAAUUAUUCUGUGCCAACUAUCCAGAGCCACAGUCAUCGAACUAUGUGUCGGACAUUCCAUUUGAAAAUUUGCAUGUUUCACCGGUGCAAAAUGAGACUGCCAAUUCGUUGGAAAAUCCAAUGGUGUUCACACCGAGUCACGUUACACUGGAGGUUUUGGAAAAUACUAAAGUGGCGGUGGCUCAAUUUGCCGCCUCGGCUCUGGCGAAUGGUGCUGAUGAGACGUCACUCAAAAAUCUUGCCAAUUUGCAAACAUCUCUGUUCAGUUUGCAAAGCCAACAAAUUCGGCAAAUUCAGUUAAUACAAGAGCUACAGUCAAAACUAGACGAUCGAAGUGUGUCAACGACAAAGGACAAGGCAGAUUUCUCCCAAGAAUUGAAGGAUCAACCAAGCAUUCCUGAAACACUUUCAGAUAAUUCGAAAAUUUCAACGCUACAGUUUCAGAAUUUAUGCUCACCCAAAAGCGAAACGAACAAAGUCGUAGUCAAUGCUAUGGACUCGAACAUCAUUAUCGAUCACAAUCAUUCCGUUCCGGUAAUGGAACCGAAUACUCUGGAAAUGCUGCAAAAGAGCACACAAGAAGUUCUCGAUUCGGCUUCGAGAGGAAUUCUAUCCGGAAAUAUGAUCGAUGAAAUGGCCCUACGGAAAAUGAAAAAUUUCGAUGGGGAUGGGCGACACGAUCCAUUUUCGAAGCAUCAAUGCCGUUAUUGUGAUAAAAUUUUUGGAUCGGAUUCAGCUUUACAGAUCCACAUCAGAUCUCAUACCGGUGAACGUCCAUUUAGAUGCAACAUGUGCAGCAGCAGCUUCACAACGAAAGGAAAUCUCAAAGUUCAUUAUCAGCGCCAUACCCAGAUCGAUGCUUUCCAAUUGGAGAUGAUGGAUCGAUUUCGUUCACCGAAUCGUAUAAUAGACUUUGGACGCGCCGCGUCUCAUCGAGAAUUUGGUGAAAAUGUGUCAGACCGACCAUACCCACCGUCUAAGUCAAUGACAUUGCGAAGUGACGCUACGACUGAAAAUGUGCCAUACUCCACUAAGACCAAUCCUCAGGAAAAGAAAAUUGAACCGGAAGCAUUGUGCCACAACAGACCGAGCCAGUCGGAAACGAACAAAUUGCAAAGUUUCAUUGAAAACAUGGAAGGACAUUUUUCCAAACACAAUCGUAGAAAACGCACCUCAACGUCUACAUCCUGGCAAGUUACUGAAACGAAGAUCCAUCCAAUCGAUCAAACUGAUUUGAUGGACUUGAGCAAUAAGCCGAAAGUUGAUGAGAAGGACACGAGAAAGAACAAAAUUAGAAGCGAACGCAACUAUCGAAUGGGUUUUUCCAACUCGAAAAUUGAUGAAACUGAUUCAGACGGUGACCAAUUGGACUUGAGCGAUGCAGCCCAUAAGACGAGAAUGGCGAGUACAGGCAUUAAAAAUGGAAACAAUAAUGCACCGAACGAUUCGUAUGUGAAUUACCCAUACUAUCCGCAUGAUAUAGAUCCGACAAGUCAUUUUCUCAAUCGGGGCCUACAUCCAAUGUCAACCGGUGCUAUGUUCAAUCAUCUCGGAUAUCCAGGUAUUAGGGGUAAUACAACCUGUAAUAUUUGCUACAAAACAUUCGCUUGUCAUUCAGCCCUUGAGAUCCAUUAUCGCAGUCAUACCAAGGAACGUCCGUACAAGUGUCGCAUAUGCAGAAGGGGAUUUUCAACAAAGGGUAACAUGAAACAGCACAUGCUGACCCACAAAAUUCGCGACUCAUCCAACAUUUACGAUAAAUCUGCACCAUCGUCACCCCCAUCUUCUGACAGUGGAAAUUCAUUUGCGUCGCCAAAUUCCUAUUGUGACAAUGUACCCAACCGGGGUUCCAACGACACCGACCAUUACAAUUCAAAAUCAUCAUACGUUAGUGAUGGUGACGACGUCAAUGACAAUGACAGAGAUUCGCUGUCGGAUCGUCAGGCUGAGGACUAUUCGAAGCGCAGGCAGAGUACGUACGAACGUGACGAAGAGUCAAAUCGUUUGCAAAAUUGUCCAAGUGCUACGCAAUUAAAACCAACGAUUCCGUUAUAUGAAACCAUUCCAAGUUCCCUAUUUCAUUCCAAGACGUCAUCAGACAAUAAUUCUCCUACUUCAUUUCCGCUACAUUCACCGUCUAUCCAGUCCAAUAGAACAUCUUAUUUGGAAGAAUCGACUGCCAUUACUUCUGCAUCUAACAACAAACCAUCCAAUGAAAGCUCACAAUCAACAAAUUCCAAACAUUUGUGCCGCGUUUGUCACAAAAAUUUUAGUUCAAGUUCGGCUCUACACAUUCACUUGCGCACACAUACCGGCUCGCGACCGUUUGUUUGCAACGUAUGCCAAAAGGCAUUCACGACGAAGGGUAAUCUAAAGGUACACAUGAGCAUUCAUACGUGGACGCAUGGUGUUAAUCGUGUAACAAGGCAAAUGGGACCAUUUCCCGUUGAAUUUCCAUUGAAUUGUAUGCCAUUCCGUCACGCUGAUACGCGAAUGAGGCGCCUAGAACAUGAUCACCAAUAAAUUCUAGUUCGAAGCACUUGCUAGACAGCCGAAUGAUGUUUGAAGAAUAUAAUUGAUUUCACAAACCUCUUGCCUGUCUGUUAAUCAGUAAUUCCAGUAAUAAACCGAAUUUAGGUAAGUUUUAUGAUGUGUGCACAAUUUUCGUUCCUUAGUCGCUUAGUUAAGUAGUUUGAUGCUCCAGUUGAGGAAAGAUGAAAGUAUUUUGUAAAACUGAAUCGCAAAGAAAGAAUUUUAAACUUGAAUCGAGUGACGUAGUUUAUUGGUUCAUGUAAUUGAAAAAACAAUGUUUUUUGGUAAAAUGGUAGUAUCUAAAAUACAGUAUGAAAUGCUUAACACACACAAAAAAAAAACAAAUCACAUAUCUAUGUUGUACUUUGUACGUUAGACAUUUAACGAAAAAGUGUAGAAUAAAUUGGAUAUUCAAAAAUAAAAAGUGAAUAAUUGA